AUGCUAUGUGUGCGGAAGUCGUCGGGGGACGAGCUGAUCUCUAUUCCCCUGGAGGAGGUUAGUGACGUGAGGAGCGUGAAGCGCCGUAUUGCUAGAGUGUACAGGGUGUCACGCUUCAGACAGAAGCUGGUCCAUGGAGCCACCGUCCUGGAGGAUGAUAUCCAGAUAGAUGAGCCCAUGGAUGUGACACUUUCACUGCUACAUUGGGCCACCGACUCUUGGGAGCGGAGAAAUGAGCUCGUCGACGCGGCGGAAGAUGGCCUUCUGGUAGAUGUUGAGCUCAUGCUGCAAAGGCCUCAGAAUCCAAACUGUCCGGAUCAGCGUGACACGCUGCCCUUGACGAUGGCAGCAAGUCAGGGCCAUGCAGAUGUGGUGAGUUUGCUCUUAGAGGCUGCAGCAGACCCCUCCGGUCAGGGAGACCAGGCGGUAUACUGUGCAGCUGGCCCUGGAUACACAGAGAUUGUUCAAUUGCUGCUGGACGCCCAUGCAGACACGGACUUCGUGGACAACCAAGGCGACACGGCUCUGACUUGUGCCGCCCGCAACGGCCACACAAAGAUUGUGCGUCGGCUUCUUCAGACUCGAGCGCGGGGGACCAAUCAUGCCCUGCCCUGCGCAGUGGCCGAGGGCCAUUCUUCCAUCGUUCGCUUGUUGCUCCACGCCGGCGCGAACCAGAACUUCCCGGACGCGUACGGCGUCCCAUCCCUGGUCCUAGCAGCAAACGGGGGCUACCACGACAUCCUGGAGCUUCUGCUCCAGUUUGGAGCCGACAAAGAUUCGGCGUGCACCAGCGGCUUCACAGCCCUCAUUCGCGCAUCUCACCAGGGUCACGUGAGUAUCGUCCGGGCGCUCCUCCAGUCCAAAGCGGCGGUGAACGCGGCAACCCUGAACAUGGACACGGCCCUCAUGCGCGCAGCUGGGCAGGGCCAGAUGGAGGUUGUGCGGUUGCUAUUGGCGGCCGGGGCUGAUAGGGAUGCAGUGAGCCACAAUGGGGACACGGCCUUGAUUCGAGCAGCUUGCAAUGCUAGGCUGGACGUGGUCCGCUUGCUGCUACAAGCGGGCGCUGACAAAAACCUUGCGAGCAACAACGGCGAAACAGCCCUCAGCCGAGCACAACGCAAGGGCCACAAGGAAGUCGAGCGUUUGCUCUCCGAGGACGCUCCGGCAGAUCUGGAUGACGACUCGGAUCCUCCUGAGAUGAACGACAUUCGGGGAGAAUGCGAAGAGGGUCUGGGUCUUGUAGCGCCAGACUCGAAGUAG